GGAUUUUUUUUUUUUAAAAAAAAAAAGAAUACAAAAGUACAAAAUUUGAGUCCACUAAUUUAUGAAACAACAAAAAAGAGACUAUACAUAAUUUGUCCGCCGAAAAUGUAUUUGGUCGGUAACAAUAAUAACAAUAUAAUGUUGAGAGUAGGAUUCGAACCCAGGACAUGUCAACUAUUGUCUCCUUUCACUCUUCUCCGCCGUCUACCGCUUAAUUCUCUUUUCCCGGCGAAGCCACGAUUAUAAGGUUUUGAAGUGAAUAAAUUAACUGAUUGUUGAACUUUGAGCAAAUACAUAGACAUAAUGGUAUUUUAGCAUAGAAGCUGAUGAUGAGUUGUAUGGUUUUUUUGUCUGCGCAAAUCGGUGAAAUGUCUCGAAGGUAUUACCGUCUUUGUACAAUUGCCUGCAUGUGCAGAUCAAUUUCUGGAGUCAAAUUGCAACCACCAAUCUUACGCUCUACAUUCCAGUCUCAUCAACGUACUUUACCACAUGGCUAUCUUUAUCCUAUGCUCCAAUUUCAAGCAUUGAGAUCAUACACACGUAAUAGAAGUUCCAGCUAUGAUCUAUUUGGUAACGGUAUACCUAAACCAGAUGAGUUUAAGAAAGCGUGGGCAAAACAAAUGGAUGACGAAGAGAGCCGUCUUUGGACAGCAAGUGAAGAUGAAAGUGACUCCGACAAAGGUGAUAGUCAUAGCCGUCUCAGAAAAGAGAUAAAGAAAGCCAAACAGCGAGCAAAAGAGCAAGAUGGUCCUAUUGAUGCAGAUGAUAGUGAUGAACUGAGAAGUCUGUGGUCUGAUAGUGAUGAUGAGAAGACAUUAUGGACCGGUAGUGAAAGAGACGAUGACGAUGAUAUUCCGACUGAACCAUACCCUAACGAAAAGAGUGAUAGAUACAUUGAUAAACUAUUUGAGUUUGAGGAAAAACCUAAAUAUAGAACUCUCUCUGAAGCCUUGAAAUCUGAGCAGGAACCUGAAGAGUUAUCUCCAGGAAAGCAAGCUAGAAAAAUUGCAGUGGAAAAUGCCCUUAAGAAAUUGAAAAAGGGACCUGAUGGGCGUUACAUCAAUGUUUGGGAGGUUAUGAGCGAUUUGGACAUUCUGAUUGGUGCUUUUGAGAACAUCAUCUCUGGACCAGAAUAUGCUGAAUUGAGACAGGGAGGACCUAAGAAAUUGAAUAUGCAGUUUUUCAAAGACAUACAAGCUCGUAUGAGAGAUCCAAACUUUGAGUUCUCUCCUGAAAUAAAAUUGAAACCAAAGAGCAAAUUUGUACGUAGAAAGAAAUGGCAGAAAACAGAAUCUAGGCGCAGGAAAGCACGGAAAAGAUAGCUUCAUACCGGCGCCUUUCCUUUUAGCAUCUAAGCAUUGUACCGAUAGAUUUGUGUCUUAGUCGCUGAUUCCCAGUUUCUUUAGCUGUUGGAUCAGAGAUAAUUCAUGUCCAGAAGAAGAUGUGUCAGCUGUCGGUGAACUUGCUUACUGCUUUCUGUAAAUUAUUUAUAAUUGCUCUAUACCUACCAUCUUUUCGAGUUUCACAUUAAUGCUUGUUUACUGCAA